AGCAGCAGUGGGAAAGAGAAGGAGUCAUUCCAGCAGGUGGAUUGCGCGGGGCUUUCGGUCACGCUUCGCUUUGCGGGGUUUCCUUUGAAGGAAACUCGGAAAGACUAUAAAAAUCCAUGUGGAGCUAAGGACCUCCCGGAGUGCAACGUCUGCCUCUGCUAUCCGCAGUUCUUCCCACAAUUUGAAGAUUGUCCACACAUAUCCACAGAAAUCAGACUGAGUCGAGAGCAGACUGCAAGCAAAUCUAUAUUUUGAUAUCUUCCAGAAGAGGAGAAAGAGGAGACCACAUAUCAGAGACAAGGAGAGAAUCGGAGAAGCCAAGACAUAUCCUCAAAACAUCAAACAUCAUAAAUCAUUGCCGGGCAUUGAUUAAUGUUGCGUAUACGCCAUGUGCGCCCAUGCCACAGACCAGAAAAAGAGGCCUCGUAACUAAGUGAAAGCCGCACAAAGCAACGCGAAAACAGAGACCUCCACUGGGGGAGAGAGAUUUAGUGUAUCCGUUAGCACCUUUUUUGGCCAAAAGCCACCACAGCAGCGGGAGCUACACAGCUACAGCAACUACAGCAACAAACAACACACACAAAAAAACCAAAGAUGGCCUUCAUCUGGCGUCGUCGCUCCACGACAAUCGUGAAGCUGGUGGCCUUCCUUCUGGCCAUCUGGUUCUGCAUCGCCUUCCUCGUCUACACGGACGACACACGGCGUCGCGCCGCCCAGGAAGGUGCCUCAGGCAGUGCCGCAGGCGGCGGAUCCGCUCCUCUCGGGGAUCCCAUUGCCUUGCCCCUGAGGAACGGAGACCUUGCCGAUCCCCUCAACGAGGACAUCGGCCUCAAUGGCAAUGUCAUCAAUGCAGGAGGAGGUGGGCUGCGCAACGAACUGGAGGAGGCGGACAUUCCGCCCACCGCCGCCAAGCCCAAGGCAAACGAGUCCGCACGCCAGUCCUCGGAGAAGAAGCCCAGAAAAAAGGCGGCUCCGGCUCCCAUUCCACUUAAACCAAAGGCACAAGACGCAGAUACGAAAAAGGUGAUAGAUCCACCUGCCAACUUCGAUGAGAAUCUCGGAGAGAUGGGCAAACCAGUCCACCUGCCCACCGAGAUGUCCGACGAGAUGAAGAAGGCCGUGGACGAUGGCUGGACCAACAAUGCCUUCAAUCAGUACGUUUCCGAUCUGAUAUCGGUGCACCGCACACUGCCGGAUCCCCGGGAUGCCUGGUGCAAGGAUACGGCCCAUUAUCUCACCAAUCUGCCAGCCACAGAUGUCAUCAUUUGCUUCCACAACGAGGCCUGGACCGUGCUGCUGCGGACAGUGCACUCGGUGCUGGAUAGAUCUCCGGACAACCUCAUUGGCAAGAUUAUCCUGGUGGAUGACUACAGUGAUAUGCCUCAUCUCAAGAAGCAACUGGAGGACUACUUUGCGGCCUAUCCCAAGGUUCAGAUUGUCAGGGGGAAGAAGCGCGAGGGCCUGAUUCGUGCCCGCCUCCUGGGCGCCACAUAUGCAAAGUCGCCAGUUUUGACUUAUUUGGAUUCCCAUUGCGAGUGCACUGAAGGCUGGCUGGAACCGCUGCUGGAUCGCAUCGCCCGGAACUCCUCCACCGUCGUCUGUCCCGUCAUCGAUGUCAUCAGCGAUGAUACCUUGGAGUACCACUAUCGCGACUCCAGCGGCGUCAAUGUGGGUGGCUUUGAUUGGAAUUUGCAGUUCAGCUGGCACGCGGUGCCCGAACGUGAGAAGAAGCGCCACAAUAGCACGGCGGAGCCCGUCUACUCCCCCACUAUGGCCGGUGGACUGUUUUCGAUAGACCGGGAGUACUUCAACCGCUUGGGAACCUACGACUCUGGCUUCGACAUCUGGGGCGGCGAGAAUCUGGAGCUGUCCUUCAAGACAUGGAUGUGCGGCGGCACUCUGGAGAUUGUGCCCUGCUCCCACGUGGGCCACAUCUUCCGCAAGCGUUCCCCCUACAAGUGGCGUUCGGGCGUGAAUGUUCUGCGCAAGAACUCGGUACGGCUGGCGGAGGUCUGGAUGGAUGAGUACUCGCAGUACUACUACCAUCGCAUCGGAAACGAGAAGGGCGACUGGGGCGAUGUCAGCGAUCGUAAAAAACUGCGGGAGGACCUGCAGUGCAAGAGCUUCAAGUGGUAUCUGGACAACAUCUAUCCCGAGCUAUUCAUACCCGGCGAUGCGGUGGCCCAUGGCGAGAUAAGAAACCUAGGUUAUGGCGGUCGCACCUGCUUGGACUCUCCCACCGGAAAGAAGCACCAGAAGAAGGCCGUGGGUCUCUAUCCCUGCCAUCGCCAGGGCGGCAAUCAGUACUGGAUGCUGAGCAAGACGGGGGAAAUACGGCGCGACGACUAUUGCUUGGACUAUGCCGGCAAGGACGUGAUUCUCUACUCCUGCCACGGCGGCAAGGGAAAUCAGUUCUGGACAUAUCGUGAGAACACCAAGCAGCUGCACCAUGGCACCUCCGGCAAGUGUCUGGCCAUCAGCGAGAGCAAGGACAAGCUGCUCAUGGAGGAGUGCAGCCAGUCCCUGACCCGCCAGGAGUGGUUGCUGGAGAGCUACGAUAGCUCCAAAUUGUGAGGCUACUUCUAUGCGAGGGGCAACCUCCUGUUGCCCACUUCGCAGCGCCAACGACAGCGAGACAGGCGAGCAUAGCAGCAACAGCAGCAGCAGCAGCAGAAGCAGCAACAGAAGCGGCAUCGAAAAAUGGAGACAGUGUGGAAGCAGGAGUUGGAAUAGAUUUCCCCUAUUCCAGGCAUGUGCAAUAGGCAGAAAAAUGUAGGGAAAAUGGGGGAGUUUAGCAUCAGCAUUACUUUGCCAUGCUAUAUAAAUAUGAUUAAAAUUGAUAUGUUUCCAAGCAACAACAUGUAUGUUACAUAGCUAUAAGAACCACACAUAGAUCCACAGAGAAACAGACAGACAGACAGACAGACGAACAGACACUUACACUCAGAAAAAAAGAGAACGACUGCUGUACAGUAGCUAUAAGUUUUGUAGGCCUAAAGUCAGCAUGCUCUGGGGCCGUUAGGUUAGAAUCCUGCCAGGAAAAGUGCUGGCAAAAAAUAUGAAGUCGUAGCGCAAUUUUUGCAUUUACAUUUGUAAACGUUUAGCACAAUUUAUGGAAAGUGUGUUGGAUGAUCCAACGGAGAGCGUAACCCUACGAUUUCCGGAAUAUGAAUAUGAAUUAUGAAUUUUAUAUUGUCAUAAAAUGGCUUUGCGAAAGCCCCAUUCCAAAUAUGUUUCUAGUGCGUAAGCUUUAGGCUAAGAGUCUAGGUCGGAAAGCAUUCGGUGAUAGCCUUUGUUUUGCCUGUACGCCCCGCCCCGCCCCGCAGCAUUCCCACUUACCACCUAUCUACCUACCUACUCCUAUAUUGCAUUGCAUCUAUGCAUCUGUAUGGGAAGCAUUAUCGUUAGAUGGCACACCAAAAUUUGGAACUUAUUUAUUUUUAUGUAUGAUUUACGAUUUGUGUUUUUUAUGUUUUAUUUGUAAAGUGCGUUGGAGCCCUUAUGCCAAAUUAUGUAUGUUUAGAUGUAUAGUUUUUGUACUCUUGUAUCCGUUGGAUUUCGUUUCGUUUCAUUUAAUUUAAUUUCGUUGAGUUCUGAAGACGACAACAUAUCGUAUGCGUUGGACACAGCCAGCUUGUAGUAGUACUUACAAUAUCAGUUUCCAGACUGCAGAUAUCACUGAGCAGAUCUUAGAGUUAGUUAAUGCAAAUGUGCAUAGUGCCUUCUACUUAUAACGGACACACACUUACCAAUUACCCAUCCCUUAUGUAACGCAAGCGUUCAUCGAACAUGUGAAUGUGGUGUACGUACUCCUGUAGCAUUAGUCUAGUUGUCACAAUCACAGCGACUGUGUAUAUACAUACAUACUGUACUGUACUGUACAACUUCAUAUCGCAUACUGCAGAAUGUGUACAUAACUAUGGAUUAAAUACUGUUUUAUUCGAGACUAAAGCGUACAUAUUAUACAUACAUAGUAUCAACUAGAUAACACUAAUCAGAAGCUGCUACUGAAUGCAUGCGCAUCUUCAUUUGAUAUUUUUCACACAAAAGCGCUUCACUGCAUGCGGCAUUUACAAUUUAGCGUACGAAACCCAAAGCCAUAGGAAGUGGUCGAGUAACUUUUUUUAACUUAAACCCUAAAGAAUAUUGUACUAAGUGCGUAGUGAAUGUGUAGCGAUGAAUCGAAAUUGUACAAGGCAGCAGAUGCAGUUAUAAAUAAAAUCUAUGAAAG